AGGGAGGGGGCACGUCAGGGCAGGCUGCAGAGGGGCUCAGCAAGGGCAGCUCAGAGUGUUUUUGGUGCCAGUGUGGGUUUCCUCCCCAGCAGCAUUUGCAUCUCUUUAAUUACUCUGCUGUUUGGUCAGCUGGGACUUACCCCAGUUAUUGUGUUGAGGGUUCACUGUCUCACUGGCUUCUGUGAAUGUCAGAACAGUGAGCACUAAAAUGCUGCUUCUUCCUUUAUCCCAGUUUUCAUUUGCCCUCUCCAGUGAGGGCUGGUGAGGUUUCCUGCAUUGCCAUUGGGUCCUUGCUCAUUUUGAACUCAGAUGGUCGCUUGCCCGUUCAGAAGCUGUUUUGGUGCCAGUGCCAGCAGUUCCAUUGCAGAGUGCCACAUCAACCCAGAACCUCACUGUUCCUGUUUCUUGAGCAAGGAACAAAAUUUUGUUUUCACAAGAUACUGGAACUUUGGAGAGUGAAGAGACUUUAUCUGAGGAGUCAUUCAUAAAAAAGCAAUAGAGCUCGGUGGCUGCUGAGCUGUGAUCUAGUUCUGUGCAUGUGUAAAUGUUGGAAUAUUGCUGGCAGCAUGGACACAUCCAGAUAUUUGAGGCUGCUGUUUUGGAGUAAGCAUAGUGUUCUGGGGCAAUGGCAGCACCUUCAAGGAUGCCCACAACUGCAUUCCCGAGCUGGACAGCGAAACAGCCAUGUUCUCUGUCUACGAUGGACACGGAGGAGAAGAAGUUGCCCUGUACUGUGCCAAGUACCUUCCUGACAUCAUCAAAGACCAGAAGGCCUACAAGGAAGGGAAAUUGCAAAAGGCCCUGGAAGAUGCAUUCUUGGCCAUUGAUGCCAAGCUCACCACAGAGGAGGUGAUUAAGGAGCUCUCCCAAAUGGCUGGGCGGCCACAGGACGAUGAAGACGAGAAGGAGAAGGUUGCUGAUGAAGAUGAUGUGGAUAAUGAGGAAGCUGCUCUUCUGCACGAAGAAGCCACAAUGACCAUCGAGGAGCUUCUCACACGCUAUGGACAAAACUGCACCAAGAACCUCAAAGCCAAGUCUGUAGCUGCAGCUGGGGAUAACGCUGUGGAGGGGACAGGCAAGCAGCAUGAUGGGGAGUCAAAUAUGAAUGGAGAGGCUGACCCAGGGGAGCUUCCCGACCACAAGGAGAGGAAGAACGGGAAGCCAGACGAAGAAAUCACGGGUAUUUCCUCCACCUCAGACAAAGCCAGCGCUGGAGGCAACAGCCCUGCUCUGCAGAAGCCUGAACUAGGCAAAGGUGACGAGGCCGUCACCUCUUCUACUGGGGAGGCCGGGCCCUCCUGCUCCUCCACGGGAAAGCCCCAGCGCACAACCAAAUCCAAAUUUUUUGAGGACAGUGAGGAUGAGUCAGAUGAGGUUGAGGAAGAGGAGGAAGACAGUGAGGAAUGUAGUGAGGAUGAGGACGGUUACAGCAGUGAAGAGGCAGAGAAUGAAGAGGAAGAAGAUGACACUGAAGAAGCAGAGGAGGAUGAGGAUGAAGAGGAGGAAAUGUUGUUACCGGGCAUGGAGGGGAAAGAGGAGCCCGGCUCGGACAGCGGCACCACGGCCGUCGUGGCGCUGAUCCGCGGCAAGCAGCUGAUCGUGGCCAACGCCGGCGACUCGCGCUGCGUCGUGUCGGAGGGCGGCAAGGCCGUGGACAUGUCCUACGACCACAAGCCAGAGGAUGAGGUGGAGCUGGCCAGGAUAAAGAACGCUGGUGGCAAGGUCACCAUGGACGGGAGGGUGAACGGCGGCCUCAACCUCUCCAGGGCCAUCGGGGAUCACUUCUACAAGCGGAACAAGAACCUCCCUCCGGAGGAGCAGAUGAUCUCUGCCUUGCCUGACAUCAAAGUGCUGACAAUAAACGAUGACCACGACUUCAUGGUCAUUGCCUGUGAUGGAAUCUGGAAUGUGAUGAGCAGCCAGGAAGUGGUGGAUUUCAUCCAGUCCAAGAUCACCCAGAAGGACGAGAAUGGAGUCCUGCGGCCACUCUCCUCCAUUGUAGAAGAGCUGCUGGAUCAGUGCUUGGCUCCAGACACCUCAGGGGAUGGCACGGGCUGCGAUAACAUGACCUGCAUCAUUAUCAGCUUCAAACCCCGCAACACACACCCACCUGCUGAGAGUGGGAAGCGGAAACUGGGGGAGGCGGCGGCACCAGCAGAGGAGAACGGUGGGGACAGCACCAAGAAGGCCAAACUGGAGUAGCAGGGCCCACCUGGGGACUGGGCUGUGCUCACCAGACUCGUUUCUUACCCAUGCUGAACUCAAGACUCCAAGUCUUGUCCUUUUUUUAGCCUUAGCAGAGGCCUUGUCUGUCCGUGUCCUGGUCGGGGGGUGGGGCGGGUCUGGUUAGCAAGGGCAUGUCACACUGUUCAUCCGUAACCAUUCCAAAGAGGGAGCGAGGACGGAGCGGCGCCCGGGAGCGCUGAGCGCAGAGUCCGCGCUGAGGAGGGAGGAGGAUGUCCCCCCAUUGUCUCCAUGUGGUUGUUGCCAUUUCUGUGCCUGUGAAUUUCUGUUUGGAGGGAAGAACUUUUUCACUGUUGAGGUUUUUUUAAUCUGCACCCGAUUAUUUAAGGCCCUUUCUGGUUUUUUUUGUGAAACAAUCUGGUGGUGGUGCUGCAGCCACACCGUGUUCAGUUGUACACUUUGAAUCAAUACUUUUUUCAAACUAAAAGAUGAGAAAAUAA